AUGGAGCACAAGGUGACCUGUGUCCUCGCUAUGGUCCUCAUGCUGGCCCUCAGCAGCCUCGCUCAGGACCAUGUAGAAACAUGUACCAUGACCCCCCGGGAAAGGGUAAACUGUGGCUUCCCCGGUGUUACUGCUGAGCAGUGCAAACAAAGAGGUUGCUGUUUCGAUGACACUGUCCGUGGCUUCCCAUGGUGCUUCCAACCUCUGGUCAUCGAAAGCCCUCCGGAAGGCCUCCACGUGGAACUCUGUCAGCUCCGCAGCACACAGGAUCCAGAGGGCUGGGGCCACUGGUAG